UUGGACGCUAUUGACAUAGCGACAGGAGAGCUUGUAGAGAAACAGUCUUUUUCCUAUUUUUUUAUCAAUAGUUUUGGGGAAAUUAUCAUUCCAACAACUGCUAUGAACGCGUCCGUGGCCAAAAAGACCCAAGACACUUUGGGGAAAGUGAUAAAGAAACCGCCGCUUACUGAAAAACUGCUCACCAAACCGCCGUUUCGAUACCUGCACGACAUAUUCAGUGAGGUGAUCCGGACCACUGGCUUCAUGAAGGGACUCUAUGUAGAGACAGAGAUGAAGUCAGACAAUGUGAAGGAUAAGGAUGCUAAGAUGGCGUUCCUGCAGAAGGCCAUGGACGUGGUAAUGCUGGUGAGCGGCGAGCCCCUGUCGGCCAAGCCGGCACGCAUUGUAGCCGGCCACGAGCCCGAGAAGACCAAUGAGCUGCUGCAGGCUAUAGCCAAGUGCUGCCUCAACAAGCUGUCCAGUGAGGAGGCAGUGAAGCGGGUGCUGAUGGGGGACAAGCUGGACCCCAAAGGGAAGGCCAGCACCUCCCGUUCCCAGGACAAGGAGAACCGGGAGGGACGAGAGCGCCACAGAGACCGAGAGGAGAGGAAGGAGAUACGAGAGCACAGCGUCGGUGGAGGCCGGGAGAAGAAGGACCCGGACCAGCCCAAAGAGCAGGAGGACAGGCGAGGCAACAAGGAGAAGGAGUCCCACCGCGAGGGAGAGCGGUCGGAGAAGGCCCGCGAACGAGACCGGACCAAAGACCGCGACAAGGACAAGAGCCGGGACCGAGAGAGGGACAAAGACAAGAGAAGAGAGAAAGACGGGGAACGAGACAAGGAGAGGGAGAAGGACAGAGGCGGAGAGAAGAGCAAAGACAAGGAAACACACAGAGCGAGAGACCGAUAUAGGGAGGAAGAUGGAGACAGGGAUAAACGGCGAGAGAAGGGAGAAAGGGAGAAGGCGAGAGAGACCAGACACAAACAGGGGGAGGAGAAGACCAAGGUGCCAGAGAAAGGGGACAAAAAGGCCAGAGCAUCAGAGGAGUCAAAACACCGACCACAUCCAGAGGAGCCCAGUAAAACGACCAAACCUGAACCAGCGGCCGCAGAAGUCACAGACAAGCAGUCUGACAGUCCAGCCAGAAUACCCCGGCCUUCAUCUGCUAAGGGGCAGAGGCGCAUGCCCAAAGCAGGAACCCAACAAGAAGAGUCUGACGGUGAAGGAGAUGGAGACACUCCAUUGGCAGAGAGGCCAGUCCCCCUGGAGAACGGCGAUGCCACAGACGCAGUGCCAGCCCACAUGGCCCACAGCAACCGAAGGAUACCUCGGCCCAACAGCGCACGGCCUGCCCCUCCUCGGUUCAAGAGGCAGGAGAGCUAUGCUGACGUGACCCCGGCUGAACGGCUGACUAGUGCCAAGCCCCCGGCAGCUGUCAUAAUGGAGGGGAAGAAGCUCUCUGAGGAUGAGGAGGAGGAUGAAGAUGAGCAGUUUGUGGUGCAGGAGGCUGCCCCUCCCCCCGACCUGCCCGACAUAGAGAUGGAUCCUUCAGUGGGACUUCAAGGCGAUGAGAAGCAUGGUGGGCUGGUGAAAAAAAUCCUUGAAACCAAGAAAGACUUUGAAACAUCACCAUCAUCUCCAAAGUCCAAAGACCAGACACAAAGCCUGGUGUCAGAGGCGGCCAGGAAGAAGGAGAGGGAGCUGGUGUCCAGGGAGAUCGAACGGCUGCGCUCGUCCAUCCAGACGGUGUGCCGCAGCGCCCUGCCCCUGGGCAAGAUCAUGGACUACAUCCAGGAGGACAUGGACGCCAUGCAGAACGAGCUGCACACCUGGAGGAGGGAGAACAAGGAGCAUGCGCAGGCCCUGCUGCAGGAACAGAGAGUGACGGACAACGCCGUGGAGCCUCUGAAGGCCGAGCUAGCCGAGCUGGAGCAGCUGAUCAAGGAGCAGCAGGACAAGAUCUGCGCUGUCAAGUCCAACGUCCUGAAGAACGAGGAUAAGAUCCAGAAGAUGGUGACCAGCAUCAACUUCUCCUCGCGAACAUGAGGGGGAGCUAAGGUCCAAAUAAAGGGGUUCGCUCCCUUAAAAAAAAUAAGUGUUUGGGUGAGCCUGGGUUCUUACUUAGUCUGGUAACAUCCGAAAUGAUAGAGGCCUCAACUGCACUUUCAUUCCUUGUCAUCAAUGUUCCCUCUAAACUUGCGCGUGUGCGUGGGCCCGCACUUCCUCCAGGACUGCAGUGCAGAAGAAAUGCCAUGCUGCGCAGAGACGCAAGAGAUUGAACUUCACUGAGUUCACCCCAUUAGUUUGCACUAUAUAGAUCAAUGUUUUUUCUGUGAUCAAAUCAACAUUAAAUCAGCCCCUUUUCAAUGCAACAAACCAAAACAAAUCUAACUUUGCAAGAUUGAGUCUGUGAUUUUGCUGUAGCCAGAGCGCAACGGAGUAGAAUUCUAUUGGCAGGGGUAGCCCACUAGCGGUCUUUCAAUCACCCAUGAGUUCAUGCCUUUUCAGUUCAGAUCAGAGAGCAGAGCGUGUGCACAUUUGUUGAUAUUCUUUGCUAGUUAGUGAGUUGUUAGCCCAGUUUAUAGAUAAGUAUAGGUCAGCCAUGGGUUGUUACUGCUUCCUACAAGAGCACAAAACAUGUAGGAUACAUUUCAAGCUGUCUUUGAAAAGCUUCCAUCUUAAUUAAAGGGGCGGUAUUGUAUUUUGAGACGUGUUUGAAUAUGCAAAUAAGCCGAUAUGCAGAGCGGUAGCCUACAUUGUCUAAUUCUCUCUAUGGUAAUAAUAAUUAGUUGUAUUUUCUAAAGUGUUUCUUGCAUCAUGCAACACAAUACAAUGCCAUUUACAAUCAUCUAUUUGGCCCAUGGCGUUAGAGACCAAGUAAAAAAUUCUAAAUUAAUAUCAAGUCUUUUAUAAUGUUUUUUUUAUUUUAUUUUUUAUAUAUAAGUCUCAUGCAAUGUAGGGCUGCAUUGAACACCAUAUAUAGGCUACUGUAGUAGGCUAUAUCAUUGAAAUCAAAAGCUAUUUCCAUGUGAAAAUGUUAUGGGAUUUGCUCCAUUGGUUUUGCUGGUAGGCCUACAUUAUUUUCAAAUUCCACAAUAGCCAUUGGCUACUGUCAAACUGUAAGGGUACAGCCUCAGAGUUCAUUGUAAACGUGCACCGGAAGUUGCACAAAAUUCUCACAAUGUUCAAGUUUCCGCUCACAAAACCAAAAAUUGGCUCAGUGCCCCCAAACAAUGGAGGGAACGUUGGUUGUCAUGUCAUGAUGAGAAAAAACGCCCCGCUUUUAUCACCCCCUCUCUUUUCAUGGUGCCUUUGUGGAACACACACACACACUAACUGACUGGUUAUGGAGAGGGUUUGUAUUCAACCCCCUAGGGAGAGAGAUACACUUGUGUUAAUUUGUUAGUGCUCCGUCCACUUUAUGGUGUUUGACAUACCUUUACAUGUUUUAUUCGUUUUUCAUUUUUCGACAUUACAUACUGUAUGCAUAGAAUAAGGCUUGACUUGAAUCUGUAUAUACAGUACCAGUCAACUUUGGACACCUACUCAUUCAAGGGUUUUUAUUUGUACUAUAUUCUACGUUGUAGAAUAGUAGUGAAGACAUCAAAAAUAUGAAAUAGCACAUAUGGAAUC